UCACCAUAGCAGCAGAAGUUGGCUUGGGCUGCUACCGCCAUGGACAACCAGAACCGAGUUUGUUUUGACUCUGGGGAUUCUGCUCCCCAUAGACAGAGAGGGCUUGUGUCGCCUUCCACUCCCCCACAGAGAGGUCCUAGAGUGAGAGAGGUCCAGGUUACCGGAUUCGCGGAAGAUUCUCGCCAGGCGGACCGUGUGACUCUGAGCAUCCGAGUGAGCAGCAGCAAGGAGUCGGCCAGCGACGCCAGCAGCAGCGUGUCCCGCCGACUUGAAUACAUACAACAAACACUUAGACAACAUGGUGUCAAAGAAGAAGUGGUGUCUGUGAAGAGGAGUAUCCAUCGGGAGAAUGACGUGUAUCAUAUGCAGGCAGAGGCCGCGGUGGAUUUCUCAGACUUCCACACGAUGGACAGAGUGUGCUGCGUUCUACUGGAGAAGCUGGAUAAAAGCGUCUCCAUAGGAUCGCCUCGGUUCCACCACAGCAAAGAGUCCCUCAGUAAUCUCAGAUGCAGGGUGUGUCUCGAGGCGGUUGAAAACGCCCAGCGCAAGGCCAGCGACCUGAGCCACCUGCUGGGGCAGACUCUGGGGCCCCCCCUGCUGGUCAGAGAGGAGGAGACACGCGAGUGGAGGAGCCCAGAGGACGGGGAUGAGGAACAGGAGGGGGAGGACGGGGUCAAGAGAGAGGGGGAGGCCACCUGUUCUGUCACCCACCGUCGGACUGUGGCAUGGGCGUCGGCGCGGGUGUCGGUCACCUUCACGUUCCUGGACAAGGCCCGGAAGAAACACUGAACACAUUCAUUCACCAUCGCCAUUUUCUUAUAUAUAUAUGAAGUCCUGAAGAAGGAUUCUAUUUUUGUAGAAUAAACUAUAUUUUAUUGCACGGUUGUUAUUGUAUCAGUAUGCAGAUCAUUUUUUAAGAACCACUUAGUUUGACAUCAAGGUACUAAAAAAAAAAAUCUUUCUUCAUUACACUCAUUGUUUCUCAUGGACAUUCCAGUUAACCUUUGAACCUCUGUUCUUCUUCUCUGCUAAACACAUUACACUCAUUGCUAGUUAAACUCUGUCGAAACUCUGACAUACUAGCUCCCAAACCCUUAAUCAGUCUUUGAAUCUUACAAGACUCUGCGCAAAAUACUUUUGCAGCCACGGUUAAAAGUGUUAUUUUGGCGAAAAUUGAACCUCGGGUUUAUCUGCGGUGCAUCAGACAUUCGGUCUGCAAACCACACGUGUGUGUGUGUGUGUGUGUGUGUGUGUGUGUGUGUGUGUGUGUGUGUGUGUGUGUGUGUGUGUGUGUGUGUGUGUGUGUGUGUGUGUGUGCAUGCAAGCACAUGCACACAAAUAGCUGCAUGACAGUAUAUUCACCACUUCAAUGGAGCCAUGUCUCUUCUUCGUCCUCGACCUCGUCGUCGGGGUACAUCUUUCUGAGCCAGCUCUGCAUGACGAACUGUUUGCCGUUGAAGUGGGUGAAGUACUUCUCCAAUGUGGGGAUCGUCAGCUGCAGGGGGAAACAAGCUUUUGUAUCAGCAGGAGGAUGCAUUAGGCAAAGUGUCUUGUAUUGUGGGGUUGUGACUUCCUGCCAAAAGACACAAGGUUCGAUCCCCAAUGUCUAACUCUAGGUUUUGGAUCACACACAAGCAUAGUCUUUCGCCAAAUUACUAUUAUUUAAAGGCGCUGUAAGCGAUAUUGUAAUUUUGGCUAUCUUCCUGCUUAAACAAACAACUAUCGCCUACAUAGCCGUUAA